UGUCAUCGUUAUGACAGCCUUGCUAUUAUCAAAGCAUCUACUGCCUGGCUGCCCACGUGACCAUACUAAGCGACACAUACGAGCUGCACUACAGUCGUGUCUGCCGCCGGUGGCAUACGCGCCUUUCAACCAUGCGUCCUCGAACUGUCGUUUCCCUAAUGAUCCUCAGCGUCUUCCUGCUGACUGUGGUCUUCACGGUGCUCCUCUUGUUCGUUCCGUCGUUGCGGUUCACCAGGACUCAAACCGCGUGCGACACUCCGGCCAAAAUGCAACGCGUGUCGCCGCACACCGUCGCGGCGGCUGUCGCGGCGCAAAAUGCCGGCGCUGCCACUCCGCCAUUGUCACCAUUCCAGCACGCGGAGCGAGCCGCCGCCGUCCAAGACCGCGGUCGUGGCUCAGGGCCGGCAUCUGCCCAAGCCCAUAGGCUUUCACGUCGUCGCCGUCGUGCUAGGCUUCUUACUGCUGUGGCUGCUGCGUACCACCGGGAUUCUGCUACCAGCGCUGAUCGCCGUGUCAGCUCUGGCUGCGCUCGUUGUGCCCCUGGGCCACCGAAUGGCCACCACGGAGACCGGAGGGCCGACGUGUGGACUCAGCGCCAUCUGCCGCCUCACCGAGACCGCUCGGAACCAACGUGCACCUGCGCAUGGACCUGGCCGGUCUCCCUGAACCAUACGUGAAGCACGUCGGCCGCCUGCUAGCACUCAUGCAGGGCAUCAACUGCGACCGUGUCGAGCAGAGCUGCAGUCGCAUCUCGUUCUCGGACCUGCUUCCUUUCUGAGAAGGCAGAUCCUGGAGAUGACUCCGGCUCGAGAGAAACCAUCUCCAAGACCGAAUGACAAAGGGACUAACUUACCUGCAUGCAUGACCGAAGACUAUGUACUUCAAUCAAUCAGUCUUUUAUUUUCUCUGAAAUAGAGAAGGAGACAGGACUAAAAGCUCGCGAGCUUCACAGAGGACCGGCCUCAUUCUUCAACUUCGAGGUACAGCAGACCAACAACAAGAGAUAAUUUUUCCCAAUUCAGACUAUAUGCUCAUUUCAGCACAAACGCCGCUGCGUUUGCAAAAGAUUGUUUCAUUCUGCGUGUAUACCAGUAAACCAUAGCGACAUCUGCUGACAGGCGAAUGAGCAAACCAUCCCGAUCUGUCAGUCUCAAAAUUAAGGGAUCGAAGUUUCUGCUCACGCUGCGAUUUUAGCCGCUGACAACAGCACUUUUUCGACCUUUCCGUGCUGAUCUCGUUUUCAAUUGCUUAAGCACUGUUCAUGUAUGCCAUGACAGUCAUGGUAGAGGAAGAGGGGAGUGUAUACAUAUGCCUCUGUACCAGGAAAUAAAAGUUCUGAAUGAAGUUAGCGCUGACUGUGCUUGCGUCCAUCUUUUGUGUUCAAGCUCCGAUUGUUGUGCCCUACAAUGCUUAUAGCGUUUUUCCUUUUUUUUUUUACUGACAACGCUGCAACUCUCAAUUCCUUUCAUAUGUUUUUAUGUCCAGCCUAUAUAAUAAAUAUUGUGCGUCAAGGUUAACGGCUCACCGAAACACGUACAGUAUGGUCCACUGUUAAAGGGAACACCUGAUUAGAGU